AUUAUGGUUAAAUAUAUUUUAUUUUCCGAUCCUUUACGCCAAGAAGAAAUAGACCAAUUCUACAUGGUUUGUCAAAUGCAUCGUAAUUAUUAUAGGGGCUAUCUUCGUUCGUAUCAUCCACUCACCAUGUUUAGAGAACCCGAAUAUUCGUGGCAGUGUCCACAAGAAAUGUCUCACGUAUACCUAAGAUUCCCGCCAUACCAUGUGAAGUAUAAACAGCCCGCAGUGCUUCCAGUAACUCUUGAAAGAACAUCAAAAUUCCCAACGCUACCUGAGAGAACUUUAGCUGGACGCUACAACAAAAAUGCUUGUCUUGCUUUCAAGUAUUAGAAAUUAUCGCCACAAAUUCAAAUUAUAAAAUGUUUAUUUUGUUCAUGAAUUGUAU